GAUCAGAAACCCGAGCAUACCACUUACUGCACUUGAGAUUACAAUGAUUACGAUCGUUGUAUUCGGGACCUACGAUGACACCAAUGAUACCCGUCAGUCGAUGGUAAUCACCUGCGUAACGAUGCUCUUCUCUUCAGUCUUCAGUCUACUUCUCGGUCGUGCGGGUUAGCCACAAAACAUUCACGAUUUGCAGAUCUCUGCCUUAUCUGAGGCGUUGCCGAGGAUUGCCGAAACCGGGUCCGGGAAGCGCACUUCGUUUUGCCUCGUUGACGCAACGUGGACAGCACUCCUUGCUUCCAGCCUCCCCGUCUUGUUUCCCAAUAUCGAGACAAUUUCACACCAUAGCCGGAAACACAUAGCAGCUUCGAUAUGCCUCAUAAUUGCUCAAAAUGCGGUGCUACGUGUGCAGGUAUACCGUUGGUUCGACCUGCUCCAGAUCCUGAAAUUGAAGCACUUCUCUCCACCAAUUUACCACCGUCUGAGGCGCAAGAGGCGUUCUUCAGAGAAACACAGCGGGCUAGUGAGCCGCGCUUGGCCGACCUUGAGGCACGUAUCGCCGAUGCGCAAGCAAAGUUGGAUGUGCUAUUACAGGAGCGGGAUAGUCUGGUUUGGAACAUGCAGCGCUGUAACGACGUCUUGAACCCCGUUCGUCGUUUGCCUGUUGAUGUCUUAUGCGAAAUAUUUGCACACACCAUGAGAGUGACCAAGGAUUCAUAUUCCGUCCCUUCAGAGGCAUACUCAUGGAGUCAGCGACUUGGUGUUCCGUACCAAUGGAAGCUUGGCAUGGUUUGCUUAAACUGGAGGCACGUAUUGCUGAAGUACCAUCGAAUGUGGUCCAAGAUCGACUUGACUUUUUCGCCCUCAAGCGAUUCCACCUGGAACCAUAGGUCGCAGAAUGAUCGUCCACACCUGGGGGCAGCACGGCUACUUGCCAUGCAUGUCUGCCGUUCCGCCAACCAUCCUCUCCGAGUCAGACUUCGUGGCCCGAUUCCACAGUCAUUCCUCUUCAUAUUAAUAUCGGUAUCGUAUCGAUGGGAACACUUGGACUUGGACAAGGAUAAUCUCCUGACUGUAGACCCGCCUCUGGAUGCCCUGAUUAGCUUCCAAUGCAACUUGAGCGAAUACGGAUCUACCAGAAUGCGCGAGGAAGUCCCGUUGCUGCGUAAUGCUACCAGCCUUCGUCGGAUUAUUGUCGAAAAUGUUCGACCUUUUCUGCAUCCCGGCCGCGUCAUCAUUCCAUGGACACAAAUAAACUCCGUGGUAGUCACUGGGUCUCUCUCCAUCGAAGAUGCUCUCGCACUCAUCAGGCUCGCACCCAACCUUGGCACCGUGGCAUUCCAACAUGUUAAGCAUUCUCCUCUCGACCCAUCUCAUCCCGUACCUAAUUCCGUACAUUCAACAUCCCUCAAAUCAUUUUCAUUGGACGUCGUAUUCCCCAGGACAUGCCGUACCAAUACCAAUUAUCCUUCCACAAUCACAGUUCUGCUCAAUAGUCUCACUCUACCUGCUCUUGAGCACUUUCGAAUCAAUUUCGGUGGCGCUUGUGGGCUAUCUGACAGCAUUACGCGCCUUGUGCGUAGAUCACGAUGUUCAUUAAAGCGUCUGGUUCUUGUGCAGGCCCCCACGGAUGAUUGUGAGGGGCUUCUCGGAGCGGAUGAGUUUGAGAAUCUGGAGGAGCCUUUGAUCGAAGGGCUGGAAAAUGUCGCCCUCCUUCAAAGCGUCCUUGAAAUUCUUACCGAAUUGACUGCCCUUUCUCGACUUCGAACUGUCGAGAUCGAUGCGUCUGCCAUGGGGGAUAGCAUCGUUAAUUGCCAAGAUGCUGUCGUCCGGUUUCUGGAGUCCCACAGAGUUGAGAAUGGGGGGUUGGAGAGCUUGACGCUCCGUGCUCCGGCGUCGUUUGAUAUCUCAGAGGUAAACGCCCAAAGAUUGGAAGCCUUGCGGAGGCUGUGUACGCGGUUUUAUAUAUAUCGUCAUUGAUGUACCAAGGAGGGAUCGUACUGGAGUAGACCGCUGCUUUGGCGAAUGUUUUCUGUAAAAGUCUCCCGAGUCUAUAGGAAAAUAUUGAUCGGAAUGGACAUGGUAUAGUGUUUGAUGCGGUACAGACUCUGAAGGAGUAAUUACUUGAGUGGAGAUUACUUGAGUGGAGUAGUGGUCAUGGCAGUGCGUACGUGAGUGGCUAUUUGGUUUUAAGACGAUGGAAGUGACAAGGGGAGAAUAAAAAGAAUAGCAAAAGAAUGGAAGAACAUUUGGC